UCAUUCAUGCUCUUCUCCGUGAGGCCAAGGUGAGACAAAUUUACUUAUUCCCAUUUCUAUGAAAAUCACUAUUGAUAGUGCUCUUAUGAAUUGUUUAAAAAAACAUCCACCAAGUUAUCAUAACUAUAAGGUAGGCUGAUAUUGUAUUUGAAAUUUACUUUUAUCCUCAUAUAGGCUGCAAUGGCAAUGCAAAGCUCUGCCAUUCCUCAAAAAAGAAAGACGACUAGGAGAAAGAAAUCGGUCACAUGCAGGCGUGAGAAACGUCAGAGAGCACAAAGACCUGCAUUGGCUUCUGAAGUUACAGGGAACCCAGUGUGUGAGGAUGUCCCUCAGAUUGAAGAUCCAGAGUUGACUGCAAGUCUUGAAAUAUGUCAUCAAGAGUUGAGGGGUGCUCUUACCUCAUUUGAGUAUCCUGUGGCAACAGAACAGACGGUGUGGGCACAACGACAGGUGUUUGCUGAUGUAAGAGCAAAAACAGCUAGGCCAGUGCUCCUUGAUGCCAAACUCCCAGCUGAAAGAGUCAUCAAGCAUAUUUGCAACAAAUGCCAUGCUGGAGAGGCUUUCAUUAGGUGCCUGGAUUGUGUUCCUCUGGACAUGGAGUUUCUAUGUGGAAGCUGUGACAUAGAGGCCCACAAAAAGAAUGUCUUUUAUAACAGGGAGGCAAUAUUUCAUGGCUACUUGGAGCCUAUUCCCCAUACAAAGGCUGUGGUGUUGGAUGAUAAUGGCCAGCCUCACUUUUGUGAGCAGGUACGUCACUUGCCCUUGCCCACACAGAGGGCAAUAUGUGAGUGCACCCAUGAGAUUGAGGUCACCACUGGGAAGCAUAUUUUGCAGUGGUCACCAUGGAUGGACGAUACGAUGUCUAUUUGCCCCGUAAGGUUUGCCCUACCUGCUUAGCAGAAUGGACUCCGGGAGUGAAAGACCUUCUGAACUACCAUUACUGUCCAAGCACCACCAGCUGCCAGACACUGUACCGUUUUGAUGUCUUUUGAAGCUUUUGUACACAGAAAUUCACAAUAAGCAAAAAGCAACUAAAUGAAUUAUAUGAAAGCAUUGGUAGAUGA